AUGGCUUCUGUCACUAAGAUCCUUUUCUUUGGCCUCUUUACAGGGCUCUUAUACGCCGCCAGAAUGUCACUCGUUUCUAUUCUUAAGUCUUUAUACAUCCGCCUCUGGAAAGGUGUCAAUCAUUUCAUUGACUGGCACAAACUUCCUACUUGGUUCGCUGUCUUCAAUCUCCUUGCUCUUCGGUAUGAACUUCGCGAUGAGAACUUGCAUGACACAUCCCCCGAUGCAGACUUCCAGGGCACUGAGGCCAAAUGUCCCAUGAAGGACUCCAAGUUCGUCUCCUCCAGGGACUCAGAUGGUCUUUACAAUGAUCUCAAACAGCCCAAGAUGGGAUGCGCUGGAAUGAGGUUCGGUCGCAACGUCCCCAGGAAGUUCACUAAGCCACCCACAGAGCAGGAAUUGCUUACGCCCAGCCCAAGAGUUAUCUCUGAAAAAAUUCUUGCCCGACCUGAAGGUCAAUUCAAACCUGCUGAGAUUGUCAAUCUUCUCGCCGCAGCAUGGAUUCAGUUUCAGGUCCAUGACUGGGCGCAGCACUUCCUCGUGACAAAUGGCGACAAGGAAAUCGACAUUCCUCUCCACAACAAAGACAAGUGGACUGAGCAGACCAUGAAAAUCCCCCGUACCAAGAAAGCCGACGUCCUGUCUAGGCAAGAUGCAGAGACACCUGCUUACGACAACGAAAACACACAUUGGUGGGACGCCUCCCAGAUCUACGGAUCAAGCGAGGCCGAGACACAAGCUCUACGCGCCAAAUGUCAUAAGUCAAAGCCUGGUCAAUUAGAGGUCAGCGUCUCUCACGGUGAACAAUUCCUUCCUCGGUCUGAAGAUGGUAUCCCAAAGACUGGAUUCAGACAGAACUGGUGGCUAGGUCUGGAACUUUUGCACACACUCUUUGCCCUUGAGCACAAUGCCAUUGCUACGCAGCUUCAUCUGUCAAACCCUAGCUGGUCGAGUGACCAUAUUUUCGACACGGCUAGAUUGAUCAAUUGUGCCCUCAUGGCCAAGAUCCAUACUGUUGAGUGGACACCUGGUAUUUUGCAGCACCCGGCGCUGCAGAUUGGAAUGAACGCGAAUUGGUGGGGACUUUUGGGCGACAAGCUCUGGCACGCCUUUGGUCGCGUUUUCGACAACAAGUCGGAAGUCAUCUCCGGUAUCCCAGGUUCAGGCGUGAAUCAUGAUAAGGCACCUUACUGCCUCACCGAGGAAUUCGUCUCGGUUUAUCGACUCCAUUCUCUCAUCCCCGACAACGUCGCUUUCUUCAACAUUAAAGAUGGCCAACAUGAAGGAACCCUCCCCAUCCUCGAUGUUGCAUUUGAGUCGGCUCGCAAACCUUUUGACGAGGGCAAACCAGGUCUGGGGCUGUCUUUCGCGGAUGUCUUCUACUCAUUCGGUGUCAACUAUCCCGGUGCUAUUCGAGCCCAUAACAUGCCCGACUUCUUGCGAGACUUGAAGGUUCCUGCAGACAAGGACUUUCCUGAGGGACGACACUUGGAUUUGGGAACUAUUGACAUUCUUCGUGAUCGCGAGCGUGGUGUUCCUCGCUACAACGCGUUCCGUCGUCUAUUCCACAUGCCUCCUGCCAAGAGUUUCAUCGACCUCACGGGCGGGGAUGCCAAGUUGGCAUCUGAGUUGGAAGAAGUCUACGAAGGUGAUCUUGAAGCAGUUGAUCUUCUAGUCGGUACACUCUGCGAGCCUCUCCCCAAGGGUUUCGGUUUCAGUGACACCGCCUUCCGCGUCUUUAUCCUCAUGGCUACCCGUCGUAUUAAGUCUGACCGGUUUAUUGCUGGAGAUGGUUGGUGUCCUGAAGUUUACACCCGCGAAGGUAUGGACUGGGUACAGAAGAACACCAUGAAGGAUGUUUUGAUCAGGCACUUCCCUGAACUCGCAGCACCAUUACACAAUGUGAAGAAUGCUUUCGCACCAUGGACGAAGCUUGGUCAGACAGCGACAUAUGCAGGACCUGAGACAAACAAGGCCAAGGUCUGA